GGAAGUGGGCAGAGAGAGAGGUUGGUUUGUGCAGCAAAGGAAGACAGAUAAGAGUGCGAGUGGGUGAGGGAAGGGCUGCAGAUAUCCUAGUUCUGAAGGUGGUUUUCUGGCCAACGUAUCAAAGCUUCAAUGCUGCUCCUGAUCCUUCUACUCUUCAACGGAUUUGGCUACUGUGGUGGAAGCACAGAUGCUCCCCAGGCUUUAGGAUUGCAUCAUCCUGCGGCAGAAGAGCCCCUCAUCUUCCAUUUACUCCAUAUUGCCUCCUUCAAGAACCAUAGCUGGGCACAGAGCCGGGCCUCAGCCUGGCUAGGUGAUCUGGAGACUCAUAGCUGGGACACUGUCUUGGGCACCAUCCGAUUUCUGAAGCCCUGGUCCCAAGGAAACUUCAGCAAGGUGGAGCUGAAGAACCUCCAGGCACUUUUCCAGCUAUAUUUCCGUGGCUUCACCAUGGAAGUGCAGGCCUUUGCUCAUCAGUUUCAGUUUGAAUACCCCUUUGAACUUCAGAUAUCAGCUGGAUGUAGUUUGCAUCCUGGGCAGGCUCCGGAGAGCUUCUUAAAUGGAGCAUACCAAGGAUCUGAUUUGCUGAGUUUCCGAGGAAGUUCAUGGGAGCCAUCUCCAGGAGCAGGAAGUCGGGCCCAGAAUGUCUGUGAGGUGCUCAAUCGCUACCAAGAUAUUAAGGAGAUAGUGCACAGCAUCCUCAGUGACACCUGCCCUCAAUUUCUGGCAGGCCUCAUAGCAGCAGGAAAGUCAGAGCUGGAACGUCAAGUGAAGCCCGAGGCCUGGCUGUCCAGUAGUCCCAGCUCUGGGCCUGGCCUUCUGCAGCUGGUGUGCCACGUCUCUGGCUUCCACCCGAAGCCCGUGUGGGUGAUGUGGAUGCGGGGUGAGCAGGAACAGAAGGGCACUCAGCGAGGGGACGUCCUGCCCAAUGCUGAUGAGACCUGGUAUCUCCGAGUGACCCUGGAUGUGGCGGCUGUGGAGGCAGCAGGGCUGUCUUGCCGAGUGAAGCACAGCAGUCUAGGAGGCCAUGAUAUAGUCAUCCACUGGGGUGGAUACUCCAUUCUCUUGACACUGGUGUGUCUGACUAUAAUAGUCACCCUGGUCAUGCUGGUUGUACUAGGAUCAUGGUACCAAAAGCAGAGCUCAAAUCAGAAUGCCCUCUCUUCCGGUGUAUCCAGCUGCACUUUUCCCUUGGAAAACAACACCCAGUGCCCCAGAAGUUUGGUCCAUCAGCUCUGCUUGGCACAAGAAUCAUGGAUCAAAAACAGAAUCUUAAAGUGGAAAAGAAGCCGAAACCAAUUCUUCUGACCUUAGUUUGUAUUAUUCAUAAAAUCUUUGUCUGCUUCUUAAAUAU